AUGUCAGAUAACGAACAAGGAUUAUCAGCGACGACGACAGUUAUCCGCUACACAAAAGAAGUAAUGAUAGGCUUGCAUGAUAGCCCACUUGUACAGAAACCAGAGGAGAUGCCCUCUUUAUUAACUUGGUUUGGUGAGGAUCCUGAUUCACCAGCAUGUAAAAAUAUCUUGAAUAGCUCAAUUGUUACCCGUACACCUACUGAUAAAAGCAUAAUUCUCGGCCCCACAAAGACAAACUUUGCCUCUUCGCUAUACGGAGGCUUGAAGAGAACAGACGAAGGUCCAAACACGUCCAAACCCCCACAAUCCAACUCAUCAAGACAUAACCAUAGACAACUGGAUGAGAGAUCGAAUAACACUGGAAUUAAAGAAUAUCGUUCACCUCGUGGUCCUUCAUAUAUGGGAGAAAAGGGAUUUUCACACAGAACCGACAACAGCAAAUCAUCAUCCGACAGAAAAUUCAUGGGAUCAUCGCCACCACCACACAACAAUAAGCGCUACAACAACAAUGAGCGAAUAAACGAUAUGAAGAACGGUAGCAAUGGUAGACGAGAAUAUUUGCAUAGCAAUGCCAGCAGCAAUCACAAUCGCCUGAAUGGUCGUUCAAACAACACCAAUACCAGCAAUCAUCACAACAACAAUAACAAUCACAGCUAUCAAGAUGCUGAUUCUGAAAGAGUGCCCGAAUGGAUGGAUUACACACCUGAAGUUGAAAUCGAGGCCAAAGAUGAGGAUAUUCAGGCGCAAUUCGCGAAUGAUUUGGAGGCAUGGAAGACCAACAUGAAGAAGAAAGACGGCAUCAACGAGCAUCCUGUCGUUGCUAAACCAGAAAAGAAGGUGGAAGAGUCCUUGGAAGCAUUGUCAAUGGAGCCCAAGCAAGUAGACCCUCUUUCUUUCUUUGAAGGGACGUCUUCUGAGCAGCCUCGUCGUGAGCAAAAGGGUGGCUCUCGUUUCGCUAAAUUCUUUGCAAAGCGUGAGGAGCCCAUGACAACUGCUGUAGUUGAAGCACCUGUACAACCUCAGGAAUCCACAAGCACGCAGCCUCGUUCCAUCAGCUUGAAUGAUCUGUUCCAAGGUUCACCUCAGCCUGCAGCAACAACAACAGCAGCAGCACCAGCACCAGCCCAAGCAGCCGCAUCACCCUCAGCAAACCAGUUUAAGCAACACCACCAGCACCAAGCCCCUCUUCCACAACAUUUGCAGCAACUGCAGAUGCAACAACAACAAUUGCAUCAGCAACAGCAGCAGCAAAACGUGCGAGUAUUCUCAGAGGAAGACAUCUUGAAGUCAUUGGGCGCUAAAAAGGCAAACAGUGAGCCCAAAGGCAAUCAAAACGAAGACGCCAUGGGAUUCAAUCGUGUGCUUCAAAUUCUAUCUCAACCCAAACCCUCAUUACCACAUAACAACAACAGCAGCGAAGAUGAUUUGCAAGGCUCUUCACCCAGAGUGAAUAAGGGAUCACCAUUGAUGACUGGCUCACCUUUUGAAAACAAACCCUCCUCCUCUACCUCUUCAGUCUCAAAUCGAUUUGGUAACAACCUGCCUACAUCUGUGCUUCGUCAAAUGAGUGCGAGAUCAUCAGAAGGCAGAUCACCUUCAUUGCAAUCCACGAAAUCCACGCCACCCAUUUCAAAUACGCGCUAUUCGCCUGCUGCCAUGAAGCAGCAUUUACCUCCUCACAUUCAACAGCAACAACAACAACAGCAACAACAGCAACAGCAACAGCAACCACAGCAUGCUCAGAUGCCCAAUGGUAUCCCAUUACCACCACAGUAUUUCGCUUAUCAACAGCCUCCUUACUCGCCUCAACCACCCAUGAUGGAUCAUCGUGCUUUUGAGCAGCUUGUGCAAUUCAAUAACGGUGAUAUGCCUCCUCCUCCACCUAGGGGCAUGCCUCCACCCCACCUGAGAAACGGCAGCAAUUCUGAUUAUUUGCCUCCUCAUAUGAUGAUGCCUCCUCUUUUACCACCAGGACAACGACCCAUGAUGACGCCCCCCCCUCAUUUCAAUCAGCAACAAAUGCUUCACAUGCAACAAGGACAGCCCAGAUUUCCUUUGCAGCAGCAACAACAGCAGCAGCAGCAGCCACAGCCACAGCAACAGCCAAUGCCACCUCAUAUUAUGGCCAAUGGCAUGCCACCUCAAAUGUUUGGAAAGAACCAAGGUUGGGAGCGUCAGUAA